UGUUGGCUUGAUCUACAAUAUUGUUCACUCACAUUUCUUUGAUAGCUUAUGUUUUUGGAACCUAAUGGUUUUCUAUCAUGGUACUUGUUAGAGACAUUUAGAUGAUGACAUGUGUUGCGAGAUUAAUCCAUAUUCAUAAUUGUCUAACAUUAAUCACAUGAUUAUAGAUGAAAACAACGACUGAAACUCACAAGUUUUUGUUGAUGUGAUCAAAACCAAGAAGUUGAAGAUGAAAAUCAUUGAAGAAAAAAAAGUUACCAAACAUGUUCUCAGUACUUUUAAAAAAAUUAAAAAAAAUGAAAAAAAAAACUGUAAAAAAAAAAAUUUGAAAAAGAAAUGAUUAGCAAGCAGGUAAUUAGUUUGAUACCAAGUUUAGGGAGAGAAUAAUUGAUUACAUAUUUCUAAUAUUUGUUGUUGGAUUGCAUUUAUUAAAUGUAUUGGAAGAUUUAAUACGCAACAUACAUUCUAUCUAACGGUGAAGAAAUAUGUAAUAUGUAACAACCUGAUCCCAAAUCAAUUUUUAAUUAUUAAUUUAUUCUGAUAAAAAAUUAUUUUGCCUCUAUAAUAUUUUAUUAGGUUAAAAGUUGAGUUUUUGAUCGGGAAGGAAUUUGAAAAUUUCAAUUGUACCAUUGCGUAGAGCACGUCGAGACGAGUCCGUAGACACGUAGUAAACUCAAAUCCGAAUUGUAUUGAAAAAUAUACUAUCAAAACUUACGUAGGGGCAAAACCGUAAUUUUUCAAAACUGGUUUUAAAAACCAGAUUUCUCUCUCUCUCCCUCUCUCUCUCUCUCUCCGUCCCGCGAUCCCCUUCACCCCCCCCCCCCCCAACUGUAGCAGCCGACUGGUUUUUUCCUUCCAGCCGCCGCCACGCUGAACCACCAGCCACGAGACCGGACCGGUUCGAAACGCCUUCCUUCCCCCGUCCUUUCCCGAUUAGUCUAAGCUGCCGCCGUUUGCUGUGCUCGCCGGAAUCUGCCAAAAACCACCCGGUUUCCGUUCGAAAUUUCCAGCCGCUCGUUCUCCCUCCUCCGGCAACUGUUUCCGACGAGUGAGGUACUCGGGCACCAGUUGACCCGCAGGAGGGACCCUCUAAGGGUCAAGCGAACUCGGACGCUCAGCAGUAGUCGUGUACCAGAGCGCCACCACAGGGCAGUCACAACUAUUCACUCAUCCUUACCACUAAAAUCAUGGGCCCUAAACGUGGUGGCACUCAUAGGGGAAUUCGACGGCCGUCCCGACUAAGAGGACGAGAUCCUUCUCUUGAAUCGAAGAACCCUCCGAUUCCGGGUCCGGUACCAGAACAGGUUGAGCAGUCUUACGUAGGAGGUUCGGCAGGAACUGUACCAGUGAUGCCCACUCCACCGAUUGAUCCAAAUUUUCAGCAGACACUGGAGUUAUUGACCCAGGCCUUAUCUAGGACCGGGGAACCCAGAGAUGCAUCUUUGACAUAUGCAGACCAGGCUAGAAGGAUAGGGGCAGUGGAAUUUAAUGGUGAUGGUGAUCCCGCCGUGGCUGAAGAAUGGAUAGAGAUGGAAAGAAUUAUGGAUGUGAUGGAUGUCCCACAUGAGCGCAGAGUGGUUCUGGCUACCUUUUUCCUUUCCAGAAAUGCAAGGUACUGGUGGGAGUCAGUCAGAAGACAGUAUCAGGACCCAUCAGCCAUCACGUGGCCAGUUUUUCGGACUGCCUUUGUUGAGCAGUUCUAUCCUUUAGCCUACCAAAAUAUGAAGAUGGAGGAGUUCCUUCAACUUGAACAGGGCAUUAUGACGGUGGCAGAGUAUGAGAAGAAAUUCAAUGAACUGUCCAAGUACUGUGCACCGCUUGUGGCGGAUGAAAGAAAGAAGUGUCAGCUGUUUACCAGAGGAUUAAAGACAUCCAUCCAUGACAUCGUAGUGGGACAACGUCUGGCUAAUUUUGGAGAUCUGGUGAUGUCUGCCUCAUUGAUUGAAAGCAGUCAGAUGAUUGUCCGGGGACGAAGUGAUUUCCGCAAACGACAGUAUGACAUGGGUGGUCCCAGUCAGGGAUCAUCCAAGCGAGAUAGUUUUAGCUUUGGAUCGUCCAGUGGUUGUAGUUGUGGAGGUUUUCGAACUGGAGUCUGCUCUAGCGGAGAGUCCAACCAGAGCGAGAGUUCUGGACCCCAUUCCGGAGAUAGCACAGCCAAAGGUUCAGGGAGACAGCUGCAGCCAGUUUUUAGUGCGAGGAAUCGCUCCCAGUGUGCUUUAUGCGGCAGGUUCCAUACUGGGCUUUGUCAGCAGGGCACCACUGGGUGCUAUCACUGUGGUCAGUUGGGGCAUUUUCGAAGGCAGUGCUCGAUGCUUCUGCAGAGUAGAGAAAUCUUCUCUGGGCCAACCCAGGGGAUGGGUGCACAGAGGAGAGUACAUAGUACAUCACAGAUUGUGGGGGCCUCGUCUAGUAGUGGGGCCCAGACCAGUAUUGCUAAUAGAGGUGGCAGUCAACAGAGUGGAGACUACCGUUCCGGAGGUUGCACAGCUAGAGGUUCAGGGAGACAAUUGCAGCCAGUUUUUAGGGGGAGGAAUCGCUCCCAGUGUGCUUUAUGCGGUAGGUUCCAUACCGGGCCUUGUCAACAGGGCACCACUGGGUGCUAUCACUGUGGUCAGUCGGGGCAUUUUCGGAGGGAGUGCCCGAUGCUUCUGUAUAGUAGAGAAAUCUCUGUUGGGCCAACCCAGGAGACGGGUGCACAGAGCAGAGUACAGAGUACAUCACAGAUUGUAGAGGCCUCGUCUAGUAGUAGGGCCCAGACCAGUAUGGCUAGCAUAGGUGGCAGAUAGCAGAGUGGACGUUCUAAAGCUAUCAGAUGCGUAUACAACAUGUCUUAGCAGGAGGCACAUACGUCACCUGAUGUGAUCAUAGGUAUAUUACCAGUUUUUGGGAUUCUUGCUAGAGUUCUAAUUGACCACGGGGAUACGCACUCUGUUAUUGCACAUAGUUUUACCCACAAUGCGAAUGUGAGACUUACGGCUUUGCGUGAGGAAGUUGUUAUUUCUGUAACCAUGGGAGAUGUCUUUACAGUUGGCGUAGUGUACAGUGGUAGCAUGGUUUUGGUAAUGGAUGUAAUUCUGAAGGCAGAUUUAAUUCCUUUAGAUAUGGUGGAUUUGGAUGUUAUUCUAGGUAUGGAUUGGUUAGCAAAGCAUUGUGCUUUGGUUGAUUGUUUUCGGAAGGAGGUUGUACUCCAUAGUCCUGGACGACCUGAGGUGACUUUCUGUGGUGAGCGUAGGGUUCUUCUAUCUUGCCUUAUAUCAGCUAUGGCGGCGAGACGGUUGCUCAGAAAGGGGUGUUCAGGAUACUUGGCUCACGUAAUUGACACCCGGGAUAAUGGAUUGAGGUUGGAGCAUAUUCCGGUGAUACAGGAAUUUCCAUAUGUGUUUCUUGAGGAUCUUCCUGGAUUACCUCCUCAUCAGGAAAUCGAGUUCACCAUUGAGCUCGUUUCAGGGACGAACCCUAUCUCUCAGGCACCGUAUAGAAUGGCAACAGCUGAAUUAAGGGAGUUGAAAACUUAGUUGCAGGAGUUGGUGGACAAGGGUUUCAUCCAACCCAGUUUCUCUCAUUGGGAUGCAUCAGUUCUAUUUGUGAAGAAGGAUCCAUGAGGUUAUGUAUUGAUUGUAGACAAUUGAAUAAGGUUACAGUGCGGAUCAGAGAAGAGGAUAUGCCUAAGACUACUUUCUGAACAAGAUAUGGUCAUUAUGAAUUUUUGGUGAUGCCUUUUGGGCUGACUAAUGCGCCAGCAACAUUUAUGGAUCUCAUGAACAGAGUGUUCCGACGUUACUUGGAUUGCUUUGUGAUUGUUUUCAUAAACGAUAUGCUUGUAUAUUCUAAAUUUCAAAAGGCGCAUAUGAAGCAUGAGUUGAAUUAUCCUACUUAUGAUUUGGAACUUGCUGCUG